AUGCCUCUCCCUGACACCGUCGAGUUGCCCGCGGCAUUUGACGCCCAUGUCCACUUGCGUGACGAUGACAUGCUCCAGAUCGUCGCUCCGACGGUUCGCCCUGGAGGAGUCAACCAGGCACUGAUCAUGCCUAACCUGCAAAACAACUUGGUAACAAGCGUCAAGCGCGCCCUGGACUACUCAUCGCGCAUCAAGGCGGCCCUGGGCAAGGACGAGGUCGACCUGCUCAUGACCCUCUACCUCCACCAAGACGUCACGCCUGAUACCAUCAGAGAGGCCAAGAAGGCCGGUGUCGCCGCAGUAAAGAGUUACCCUGCCGGCGUCACCACCAACAGCGCCGAUGGCGUCGUCGACUACGAUGCCUUCCACGAGGUCUUCAAGGCCAUGGAGGAGGUCGACUUGCUUCUCUGCCUCCACGGAGAGUGCCCUUCCCACGCUGGUAGCGACAUCACCACGCUAAACGCCGAGUCAAAGUUCCUCCCUACGCUGAAGGCACUUCACGCCAAGUAUCCCAAGCUCAGAAUCAUCCUCGAGCACUGCACAACCGCCGAGGCUGUUGCGGCCGUCAAGUCAUGUGGUCCCAACGUUGCCGGCACCAUCACUUGUCACCACCUCUUCAUCACCAUCGACGACGUCGUCGGUGAUGCGCUCCCCGCCGACCGCAAAGCCCUCCUCAACGCCGUAGUCAACAGCAACGGCAAGUUCUUCCUCGGCACCGACUCCGCCCCGCACCCCAUCACCGCGAAGACGGGGCCCUCCAAGGCCGCCGCCGGCGUCUUCACCCAGCCCUACGCCGUCCAGUACCUCCUCGCCGCCCUCGACGAGGCCGUCGCCCGCGGCGAGCUCGCCGACGCCGACAUCACCCAGGAGGCCCUCGAGGGCUUCGUCAGCGGCUACGGCCGCAAGUUCUACGGCACCGAGGACACCAGGAAGGAGCGGAUCCGCCUGACCCGCGAUGGUGGCGCCGUCGUCCAGCAGACGUUUGAAGGCAAGGGAAUCCAGGUGGUGCCGUUCCGCGCUGGUAAGGAGACCUGGAGCCUUACCUGGCUGUAA